UACCGCACUGCAUCCUCGUGUACACGGUCUUCCCGAAAAAGAAAAGAAGACAAACCAUCGACGGCUCCGAGCUCUCGCGGGGAUAGGGUUUGAGCCGCCGCCCCUCCGGCCUGCCCGCCGGCGGCGCGCUGCUCUUCCGGCCGCCGCUCUUCUCCCUCUUCGUUCGCCGCCCCUUUUCUCCCUCGCCGUUCGCCGCCCCUGAGCACCACGCGGCUCGCUGGAUCAUUCGCCGCCCCUGAGCAGCGCGCAGCUCACCGGACCGAUUCGUGCCAGCCCCGCCGACCUGAGCUCCGCCUCUACAGGUAGAAAGAUGCAGAUCCAGCGAGGGGAUGUUCAACCUGGAAGCUCGAAUAGAAGACGCAAAAAAAUGCGCAUAAGUAGCGAAAAUAUGAUUCGAGUCAAUCCUCUCGAAGAGGAAUUCGGCACCUCAAGUGAUUCUGGUGAAGGUGUCUGGAGGCUACUCAGUGAAGAAGUCGCAGCACACAUAGAUGACAGUGUUGUGUCGCUUGCUUCAUUCCAUAAAGAUAACGCAAAGUCGGUUUAUUUUGCGUGCACGGGCAUAAUUAUUGAGAGCAAUUCAACUAUUACAAGUUUCUUGACUUCGUUAAGUUUGCUUAGAUCUAUUGAUGAUGAUAGCAAGAUCUUUCAAGACAUGAUGAUUGAAGUGCGCCUUCCAAAUAAUCAUCUUUCAAUGGGAUGGUUGGAAUACUAUGACUUAAAAUACAAUGUUGCUGUUAUCAGCAUCGCGCCCUUCCAUGUUUUUCGCGCAGCAUUUGUAGAUCAUCAGCGGCAAUUUGAGUCUCAUAGUGAAGUAGUUGCUGUUGGGCGUUGCUUCGACUCAGGCAAAUUAAUGGCCACAACUGCGAUGUUGACUGACAAUGGGAAGAGAAUUUACCGCGAGGAGCUUGCGAUCUCCACAUGUGAAAUUACUAUGACUGGAGUUGGAGGGCCCCUUGUUGAUUUUAACGGUGACUUUGUCGGGAUGAACUUUUAUUCUAAGGAAGAGACUCCGUUCCUACCAAGGAAUAAAAUUCUUGAGCUUCUGAUGCAUUUUAGGAGAACAUCCCCGUGCUGGGACACAAGUAAGAAAAGAGGUAGUAAAACUGAAAGAGGCGCAAGCAAGGCACAAAUGUCUCCUGAAUCUCACAAGUCCGAUUUAGAAGGCAGCUCAAGGCAGGAGAUGAAAAAUAAAAACCAGAAACCUACCAUAUGUACUAUAUGUGACCCAGAACUUAAUUCAGGACUUGAGGAUACAUUACUAGAGAGUCUGCCUUCUAUUCGCCGGUGGCCAUAUGACUGGGGUCUUGUAUCUUUGGAUGCUAGAAGAGAUAAGUUUAGGUCCCGUGGUUACCCCUUACCAGUUUUGGAGGACAAUGGCAAGCGUCUGCGUUAUAGUUUUGAGGAGGAGUUUAGUGAAGAUAUCUGGAACAAACUCUCAGAAAGAGCAGCUUCAAAUAUGUCCCGAGUUGUUGUAGCACUCGCUUCAUUCAGUGGAGAAGCGAGACUUUUUGCUUGCACAGGUGUAUUCAUAGACAGCAAUGGGUUCACCACAAGAGUUCUAACCUCAGGAAGUUUGGUUAGAAGUAAUGACGAUGAAAGCAAGGUUGCUGAUAACUUAAAGAUUGAAGUGCACCUUCCAGAUAAACGACAUGUCACAGGGAUUUUGCAACAUUACGAUCUGCAUUAUAAUGUCGCUGUCAUCAUCAUCGAAAAACUUCGCUGUACUCGGACAGCAAUUAUCAACAAUAAGGUUGAAACUGGCACUCACUCGCCGGUAUUAGCUAUAGGGCGUGUCUAUGAAUCAGGCAAAUUAAUGGCAGCAAGUGGGAUAGUGAUCAACAAAGAAAGUAAACUCGAUUGCAAAGAUCUUAGGAUCUCCACUUGUCAAAUCACUAAGGCUGGGAUUGGGGGCCCUCUUAUUGAUUCUGAUGGGAACUUUAUUGGCAUGAACUUCUAUGGCUUGGAAGAAACUCCCUACAUGCCACGGGAUACAAUUGUGAAACUCUUGGGGAAUUUUGAUGCAAAAGGGACUGCUGAUUUUACCAAAGUUCCCGCACCAAACAGAUGGCCUGUGCCUAAGCCAUAUUGGUGCUAUCCGGUGUGGCAUGAACGGAAGGAAGGAACAGACUUGCUGGAAUUUCUUGAACGAGAAUUUCGCUAUGACUAAUGUGAAUUUUAUUGCCAUGCCUAUAUUGUCAACCUGCUGACCGAGUCGCUUGUGAAGCUGAUCAUGUGCAGCAAGCAUCAGUCGAGUUGCUCUGUAAAUUUGAAUCCCUUUACUGGGCACUUUCAUGUAGUAUAUGUUGUGCCAGCUAGUCAAGGCACUUACACAAAGACCUCUUGUUGCUUUAUGUGUUAAACCACAUGUAAUCUAUAAGGUGGAACCGUGCAUCCCAUUAGCCAAA